GUGUUUAUAUUUUUUUAUUUUUCUUAAAUAGUUAGAAUGCUCCUCUAUAAAACUGUGCUACAAAUUGUUUCUUCUUGUUUGUUUUUCAAGACAGGGUUUCUCUGUGCAGCCCUGGGUGUCACUCUGUAGGCCAAAGAUCUGCCUGCCUCUGCUUCCCAAGUUCUGGGAUCAAAGAAAUGCAGCCCUAUUCCUGUGACACGUUUGUGGCAUUACCUCCAGCAACAGUUGGAAAUAGGGUUAUUUUUGGAAAAAAUUCAGACAGACUCUUUGAUGAAGUACAAGAAGUAAUUUACUUUCCAGCUGCAGUUCAUAGUGAUCUGGAAAAACGUCUCAAGUGUACUUAUAUAGAAGUCGAUCAGGUUCCUGAAACAUAUGCUGUUGUUCUUAGUCGCCCAGCUUGGCUGUGGGGGGCAGAAAUGGGUGCCAAUGAGCAUGGAGUCUGCAUUGGGAAUGAGGCUAUCUGGGGAAGAGAAGAUAUUUCUAAGGAGGAGGCACUUCUGGGCAUGGACCUUGUCAGGCUCGGCCUUGAAAGAGCUGAUACAGCUGAAAAAGCUCUCAACGUCAUUGUUGACUUAUUAGGAAAAUAUGGCCAAGGUGGAAACUGUGCAGAGGGUGAAGAAUUCAGCUAUUAUAACAGUUUCCUGAUAGCUGACAGGAAUGAAGCCUGGAUUCUGGAGACUUCAGGGAAGUUCUGGGCAGCAGAGAAAGUCCAAGGAGUUCGUAAUAUUUCCAAUCAGUUUUCCAUAACAACCAAGAUUGACCGGGAGCAUCCAGACAUGAGGAACUAUGCUAAGCAGAGGGGCUGGUGGGAUGGCAAAGAGGAGUUCGAUUUUGCUGCAGCGUAUUCUUACACUGACACGGCCACAAUGAUGACUUCACCAAGCAGAUACUGCCAGGGCCACAAGCUUCUGAAUAAACACAAAGGAAACAUAACUUAUGAAACGAUGGUGGAAAUUCUUCGCGACAGACCCAGUGGCAUCAACAUGAAGGGAGAAUUCCUGACCACCGCAAGCAUGGUUUCCAUUUUACCCCAGGAUCCCAGCCUUCCCUGCAUUCACCUCCUUACAGGGACUCCACACCCUGAGAGGUCUGUUUUUAAGCCUUUCAUAUUUGUACCACAUGUUUCGCCACUGUUGGAUACAAAAUCACCAACAUUUGAACUUGAGAGGCCCGUGGCAAAGAAGCCAUAUGUCAAGCCCGACAGAAGACACCUACUCUACCAAAACCAUCAACAGGCCUUGGAAAUGAUAAGUAACCAUAAGGAAAAAGGCAAGACAAUAUUGGACAACGUGAGGAAGCUGGAAAAAGAAGUGUUUGAAGAGAUAGAAUCAAUCCUCCAAAACAGACAUCUUGACAUGGAUAAAACUGUUAAUCUCUUUCCUCAAUAUGUAAGAGAUGAAAUUAAAAUUUAUCAGCCAAAUAUUAGUUCUUAAUGAUCAUUUAAGUGGCCAGAAACCUUCCUCACUGCCCUGGAUAUGAUACUUCUUUAAGGAGACCUGACUGUUCCCUCAGUAUCCUGUGGUAUUCUGGCUGCUAAGACCACAGUAUUAGCUUCGGUUGGAUAAAGCCUGAAACAUAAGCAUGACGCAUGUCUGUGCUAUCAUUAUGUAUUAUAAAGAAAGCUCAGGGUUUUUCCUAAGCAAUGGACAGUAUGUCAAGUGCAUUUUUUGUGCUUUAGGCAAAUAUUGACCAGCUUCAACAGAUGUCCAGAUUUACGCUGUUUGACACUGCCACACAUUCUGCAGAAGCCCUUUCAUUAAACUCAAAAGUGACCUUUGUCAGGACUUGGCUGAGUGGCAAACUUACAGCUCCAACUGUUUGGCCUUUUCUCUCCCUCAUCCCCUCAGAAGCCAUCAUUCUGUUUGUUAUCUGGGUCAUUGUAUCUUACAGUAGGUCUGUUGGGACUGGCUUCUUCAGCACACAGCUCUCAUCAUGCCUCUCUAUGCCACGGCUGCCCUUCCUUCUUAACUCGAACAGCGCUUUCAGAUGGCUGUGUCACCACUGAAGAGCCUUCUGGGUGCUUCCAAAUUUUGGCAAUUGCGAGUAAACAUCCAUGUGCAAGUUGCUGUGCAGUUCUAAGCAUUCGACCCGUUUUGGAUGGAACUGAGGUAUUGCAGACCCUAGGGUGCGAGUGAGAAACUGCCAUGCUCUUCUACACCCUGCAGCGGCACUGUUCCGUGUCCUGGUCAGUGUGUUGGGAUUUGGUCGUUCUGAGUGCAGCUUCUCACCUAUGUAGGUGACAGGGAUAGAGGCGAUGGCUUUGCACUUUGUUUUUCAGUGGAUCUGUAACUCCAAUCAGCAUAAGACGCUGAGGUUUUCUCCAUUUUCCAUCUGUUCACCUUCUCUGAUGAGUUGUGGAGAUCUUGGCCCAUUCUUUAAUCAGGUUUUUAUUUAUUUAUCUUACUAAGGAGCCUAAACUUUUUUCUUUAAUUUAAAACUUUUAUUUUAUUGUAUAUGCGUGUUUUGCCUCCAUGUACAAAGCACAUGCCUGGUGCCCUCAGAGCGUGUGAACUCCUCUUGUACUGGAGUUACAGAUGGCUAUGAGCCAUCAUGUGGGUGCCAGGCACCAAACCUAGAUCCUGAGCCAUCGCUCCAGCCCCUCCCACCACUCAUGUCUAAACCUCUUUGAAUCUCAUUGUUCUUCAGGUAAAGUCGCAGUCCUUACAGACGCCAACAAUAGAUGCUUGCUUACCUGCUUGUGCCUCCCUUUCAUAGAAGUAGUUCAUUUUAGUCUUAGAACUUGCUAACAAUCGAGUUCCCUAGGCGUUUUCCUCCCAUAUAAUCAAGAUCAUAUGUGGCUCCGAAUCUGUCAUGCAUUUAAUUAUCUAUCUCAUAAGAGAAUAGAGAAGUUCCACGAAAGCCCACUGUUCAGUAUCAUAGUUGGAUGCUUUGAUAUUAUAUAAUAUUUGCUAAAUGAACAUUCAGAUGAAAAGAAUUUAUACAGACGUGUAAGGUUGAGUAAAUUAGCUAAUUUAUCUGUGUAACUUAGUAGCCAUGGAAGUUUCCAACCCAGAAAAUACAAGGAUUAUAUGGAUAUGUGAGUUAACUUGUACAGAUUUUCACUGCAGUAGACGCAGUGUGGAUACUCAUGUUGGUAAUUAAUGCCUUGGAGUGUGUUUUAGAAAUUUUAAUGUUUUCUUAAAUUUCAACUGUUGUGAAAAUAAAAAGUAAUAAACUCAUUUUACAGAAAA